AUGACUCAGACAAGUCCUACGGACAAGACCCAAGGGGUCAUAGAUGUUGAAGCAUUGAAGAAAGAAAUUCGCGAGCAAAUUUUAUCCGAACUGAAGGAACAAAAACAAGAACAAAAGCCAGAGAGACCAAAGAGAAAACUUAGUGAAAAACAACUUGCUGCAUUAG